AUGAAUCAGAUGCUUGACUACUUCAAGUUUGGUCAAGUUAAUGUACUAACUAGUUUGUUUUCUUUUGAAGGGUAUUUAAGAUCUAAAUUAACCACAGAGUCUCAGGAAGAAGAAAAGGGAAACAAAAGGAUCCAAUGUUUCUUUAGAGCAAUCUUUUCAUCCGAAAAAAUAGACAGAAACAGACUAGGGACUGUUGAUGCGAAAUUUUAUGAUAGAAGAAUAUGGACUUACCUAUUAUGGAAAAAUGUAAACAUAUAUAAUUAA